GGGUUUAGAGAUAGAGAGCAAACACGUAAUCCUGGAUCAAAUUUAAUGUGCUGAUUGGAGCUGUUAGAGGGGUAUCUACCAUUUGGGUGUUACAGGUUCAAAUCCAAUAUAAAAGCUAUUUGUGGGUUUUAUACGUUCUUUGCCUUGGAUUUUUGAAUAUCAUGUUCUUAAGAUUCAGCAUGAGCAAUUUUUUUUCUUCCAGGCUGAAGUUUUCUCUAAUAUUAGGCAGUGUCAAAUAAUAUGCAAAAAUUGCAGACUAAAGGCAAUUUUAUACAUUGGAAACUAUAAACUACAGUACAUGCUUAUAGUAUUGAACAAGACAUAGACAAGUAUGGUGGUAACUGUUGGGAGCAAAGAAUCAGGACCAUAUGUUAUGUUCCAGUUUAGAAGAUUUAUUGCUCAAGCCUAUACAGAAGAAUCUGGUCAACCAAAUUGGCACUAGAUAGGAGUCAUCAGAAUUCAAGGCAGGUUGGAUUUGAAGCAUUUGUGGACACAUGACAAUUUUUAGGCUAAGUCUUCUCUUGACUGCCCCCCAGGUUCUGCCUCUUCUUCCUUGACAUAACAAUGAUAAACUAAAAUGAACUGCUACUAACUAAUUGGUAUGGUCCUAUAUAAUAUGGAAUAUUGCAACAUGGUGCACUAAAGUUGGAUAAUUUGAUCUAAUAAUGCCUUUGGGCAAAUGAGUUGACUAUAAUAAUAUUCUACUACAGUAUAAACAUUAUGUUAAAACACCUUCCUAGGAACAUGUUUCAUUAAGGAUUUUUUUUUUUUCAUUUAGAUUGAAAUUGUGUUUGGAUAACUUACUUUCUGGAAUCUUAUUUUCUUGCUGUAUCUUCUUCGUCAAUGGUUUUAAUGCUAACUGAAAUAAAAGAGACGAGACAAUCUUGACUCACUUUCUUCAUUAUGGUAUAUAUUUGUGGAAAAAUUGCCUUCAUCAAGGACGGCCUGAGCCUUUGGACCUCCACCUGGGCAUGUUCCUGCCCACAUUACUAACCCAGGCAACCAAAGAACAGCAGGAUCGCUUCUUCAUGCCUGCUUGGAACUUGGAGAUCAUUGGCACAUAUGCCCAGACAGAGAUGGGACAUGGUACCCAUCUCCGAGGACUGGAAACCACAGCCACCUAUGAUCCUGCUACCCAGGAAUUCAUCCUUAACAGCCCUACUGUGACUUCUAUUAAGUGGUGGCCAGGUGGAUUGGGCAAGACAUCAAACUAUGCCAUUGUUUUGGCUCAGCUUUAUACGCAAAACAAAUGUCAUGGGUUACAUGCUUUCAUUGUGCCUCUACGUCAGUUGGGAACUCAUGAACCACUGCCAGGUAUCACCAUUGGUGACAUUGGCCCAAAAUUUGGUUAUGAUGAAAUGGAUAAUGGCUACUUAAAAAUGGACAACUUCCGUAUCCCCCGGGAAAAUAUGCUAAUGAAAUAUGCCAAGGUUGAACCCGAUGGCACAUAUGUGAAGCCUCUCAAUGCCAAGCUGACAUAUGGGACCAUGGUAUUCAUCCGUUCAAUUAUCGUUGGAGAUGCCGCUCACAGUUUAGCCAGAGCUUGUACAAUUGCCAUCCGCUAUAGUGCUGUGAGACAUCAGUCUGAGUUAAAGCCUGGGGAACCAGAACCUCAGAUUUUGGAUUAUCAGACCCAGCAAUACAAACUCUUUCCUCUCCUAGCAACAGCAUAUGCUUUUCACUUUGUGGGUUCAUAUAUGAGAGAUACAUAUCAUCGCAUCACUGGGAACAUCCAGGAUGGAGACUUGAGUGAACUGCCAGAGUUGCAUGCACUGUCUGCAGGGCUCAAGGCGUUCAGUUCCUGGACUGCCAGCACUGGCAUUGAGGAAUGUCGGAUGGCAUGUGGGGGACAUGGCUACUCCCGCUGCAGUGGUUUGCCUGAUAUUUAUGUCAACUUCACUCCUUCUUGCACUUAUGAAGGAGAGAACACUGUGAUGAUGUUGCAAACUGCCCGAUUCCUUGUCAAAAGUUAUACCCAAGUUAGUUCUGGACAACUAGUUAGUGGCAUCAUGUCUUACUUGAAUGACCUUUCAGGACAGCAUAUUCAGCCCCAGCAUGUGGCUGCUAGACCCACGACUCUGCAUAUCAACAAUCCUUCCAGUUUCGUGGAGGCAUAUAAACUGAGAGCUUCAAAGAUGGUUGAGUUUGCAGCAAAUAAUUUACAGGCUGAACUGACCCGUUGGAAAAGCAAAGAAGAUGCUUGGAACCGGACUUCAAUUGAUCUAGUACGAGCAUCUGAGGCACACUGUCAUUAUGUGGUGGUCAAACUGUUUACAGAGAAGCUGUCAGAAAUUGGUGACCCAGAUGUCCACGCUGUCCUUAACAAUUUGUGUUUACUGUAUGCUCUGUGUGGGAUUAUAAAGAACUCUGGAGACUUUCUACAGGGAGGCAUUUUGACGGAAGCCCAGCUAAUUCAGGUGAACAUGCACAUAAAAGAACUCUUGGCUCUUAUCCGUCCUAAUGCAGUAGCUCUGGUGGAUUCCUUUGAUUUUUCUGAUUCUAUGCUUGGAUCUGUGCUUGGCCGAUAUGAUGGUAACAUAUAUGAAAAUAUGUUUGAAUGGUCAAAGAAGUCACCACUAAAUAAAACACAGGUCCAUGAAUCUUUCCACAAACACCUGAAGCCAUUGCAAGCUAAACUGUGAUAACAUUUGUUUGGUUUUGAAUAUAUUUUAGUUUCUUGAAAUAACAUAAUUUGCCCUGUGAACAUCUGAAGCACUUGGCAAAUCCAAAUAGCCAUAGGAUAGUAAUUGUAGACUUCUCACUUUUUUAAAAAAACAACAACAAACAAUUAAAUAUUGAAUGAAUUAGAGCAUGGAAACAAAAUGCAAUUUUAAUUAUGUUCAGAAACUAUCCUUUUUAAUGAAUCAGAAAAGCUUUAUAGAUUGGUGUAAAAGGAUCAGUCUGUGAGCCUUUUAAGCAUCUGCAGAAGCUGUAUUAUCUGUAGCAGGUUUUUCACUACUAAGUAGUUCUAGAAGGCAGUUAUUGAGUAGAAGCAACAUCUCUGGAAGCUCCUUUUAAAAUGGUCUUGCACAUUUUUAAACAUUAAUGCCAUCUUAAGAGAUGGUGGUUGUCAAAGCCCACCUGCACUUAAAUCUAUUGCUGUAAGAUUUUCACAGCCUCAUCAGGAAUUGGGCUUCAGGGACCUUGCACAAACAUCAUAUGUAUAUACCUGUUUGGUGUUCCAGGAAUGGAUGAUUACCUUAUGGGUACAAUCUGUGACAUUCUUAAUGUUUGUGUACAAUUUCACUUUCUGAAUUCCAAAUGGCAUGCACAUGCUCUAUAUUACAUUUCCCAUAAAAUUGUCUAUAGCACACAGGCAAGAUCUCUCUCAAGGCAGAAAAUUGAAUGGGAAAAUGUCAGGAGUCCCAUUCCAUAGCAAUAUUGUCAUUUGCAAAGCCGCUGGGGAGGGAAAAUCUUUGUUCCACACAAACUGUAAAGUAUAUUUAAGAUUCCUAUGCCUGGUUUUGCUCAUAGGCUUUUUUUCCUGAAACACUUAAUUUUUUUAAAUGGUGGAACAUGGAUUUUUACCUCAUAUAAUCAUAGACAAGAAGAGAGUCCAAACUGGUGGGCCCAUCAGCCUACAGUCUGGCUCUUAGAAGGCUACAGAGAACAGGUUACCACAUUAAAGGAUCUCAGCUCUAGAUUACUGUUAGCAGGCUAACAUUUUAACAUUGUGUAGAAUUUUAUUGUGUGAAAUUACCAUGACAAAAUUGCAGCAGAUAGGAUGGAUUCAGCUUCAGUAACAAAUCAAGACUUGGAUCACAAACCAAGGAAUUUCAUAACAUUGGAGAGUUGAUUUCUUAAUAUGUAUCCCUGUUCAAGAGCUAAAGGUGCUCUUAUACUGCAAAUGUUGAGCAAGAAAAAUAUUACAUAUUACAACUGAAACAAAAACUGUUUAUAAUUUUAAUGUGCUAACUAUUGAUACAUCUAAUAUAGCUGUACUUAAUAUACUGGAUUUCUGUGUACAAUACUGACUGGAAACGAAAAACUGCAAUAAAAGAUUAUUUGACAUCUUA